ACUUGUUAAAGCGUGUUUGUGGUUGAAACUUGCUAAUAUAUUUCUCCUCCCUGUCUCCAAGCAUUGCUCCUACAGAACAAGCAGGGAGCUCAUUUUCUAGUGACGUCUCAGUCAUUCUCUCCCUCACACACAUUCUUUUGCUGAAGGUCAGUUCUCUCGCACAUCUUCAGGAAUCUUCAAGGAGAGAACCAUGCCUCCCUAAUCCACUACCGGGUCCUGAGUUAAGCGGAACUCAGGACCCGUUCAAACCUUAGCCAAGUAUUGCGUGCCUCAUUCGGGAAGGUAGCUUUUAUGUUGUGUGCGAGGGAAACCGAUCUUCCCUUGCAUACAACAAAGGAACUCAAAGCCUACUUCCUUAGAUUUUAGCUGUCUUUUAGAAGAGUGUACAGUUCUUCGCGGGCUGUCACCGUUAAAAUCGCACCGCCUAUUAACACGUCUUAUCACUUAUUGAUGCGUACACAACAAUUAUUCUGAACCAUUUCUCUGCCUCCAAGAAUUACAACAGCUCACUCAGGACUAACAACACAGCCAGAGUGUUUUUACAGGAAAAACACUGGAGAUUUUUAAUAGGUAUCUCCUUGCCUGUUGCGGCCGCAGCUGUGAUGUGAUGUCCUUCCAUGGCAACCCAAUCGUAUCCAAAAGUGGUUUCUGCUUCCAGGAACCGGGCGGAAACACCAAUUUUUGUCCAAAGCUACCGCACCCUGUUGGCGGUCAGACGCCUUGGAGCUCCACCGGUCCCCGGUGACCAUGCCAGGACUGAGGCACACACCCUUGGGGACCUUAGCAUCCUCUGGGAUGAGGUGCAGGGCUUGAAGGAGCUGGUCCUUAGUCUAAAGGGGGAGGAAGUGGAAAAACGACAAGAACUUCGGAAUGUGGAGAGUCGGCUGAGGGAUGGGGAGAUUGUGGCAGAGCAGCAGAAGCAGAAACUGGAUGAGCUGCAGGUGGCAGUUGGCCAUCAGAUAGACAAGCUGAGGAGGACUCUGCUGACAGAGCAGAGCUCUGGCCUGAGGAGGAAGGUUGAGGAGCUGGAAGUGCAGAUCAAAGCCCAAGCAACUGAAAUACUGGAGCUUCAGACCAGAAUAAACACCAGUGAGAGCUCAGUGGAGAUUCUCAAGAAGAAGAAUACAGUUCUGGCAGCUGAGCUGCCGUUCCUGCAGACCAGACUGAGAGCGAGUGAGAGCACAGUGGAGCAGCUCAGGAGGAAGGACGCAGAGGUCCAAGCCUCCAAUAGUUCAACUGUGAUCGUCUCUGAAGGGGUGGUGCUGGAAAGUCGCCUAAAGAUCCAUGUGGACAAGCUGAAGGCAAACAUUGAAGGCCAGGUUCAUGAGUUGGAAAAUAAAAUUGACUCCAGUCACCAACACCUGGAAGAACUGAGUUCUGCUGCUGAGAAUCACCUGAAUGAGGCUGAGAGACAACAAGCAGAGCUGAAGAAACACAACACAGAGUUGAUGAGCCGAAUGAAUUCUAGUGAAAAACGGUUGGAAAAUCUGAAGAUGGUAAACACAGAAAUGGGGGUCAGACUAAGAUCCACUGAGGGACAGCUGGACCAGUUGAAGAAUCAGACUGCAGAGCUGGUAAGCAGAUUGGAAUACAGUGAAAAGCAGCUGGAAGGUCUGAAGACAACAAAUACAGUUCUGGAGGUCAGACUGAAAGUCAGUGAGAGACAGCUGGAAGAGCAGAAAAUAGAAAACUCAGAGUUGAUGAUCAGACAGAGAUCCAGUGAAAAACAGCUGGAACGUCUAAAAAUAACAAACACAGAUGUGGAGCUCAGACUUGGAUCCAAUGAGGUACAGCUGGACCAGUUAAAGAAUUACACUGCAGGUCUGGAGCUCAGACUAAGAGUCAGUGAGAGACAGCUAGAAGAGAACAAAACAGAAAACUCAGAGUUGAUGAUCAGACUGGGAUCCAGUGAAAAACAUCUGGAACGUCUAAAGACAACAAACACAGAUGUGGAGGUCAGACUUGGAUCCAAUGAGGUACAGCUGGACCAGUUAAAGAAUCACACUGCAGAGUUGGUGAGCAGACUGAGAUCCUGUGAAAAACAGCUAGAAGAUCUGAAGACAGCAAACAAAGAUAUGGAGGUCAGACUUGGAUCCACUGAGGUACAACUGGACCAGUUGAAGACUCACACUGCAGUUCUGGAGGUCAGACUGAGAGUCGGUGACAGACAGCUGGAAGAGCAGAAAACAGAAAACUCAGUUCUGUUCUCCCAAAUGGAAUCCAGACUGACUGAUGGACUUAACAGAACAACAGAGUUGGUGAUCAGACUGGGAUCCAGUGAAAAACAGCUGGAACGUCUAAAGACAACAAACACAGAUGUGGAGGUCAGACUUGGGUCCACUGAGGGACAGCUGGACCAGUUGAAGAAUCACACUGCAGGUCUGGAGGUCAGACUGAGAGUCAGUGAGAGACAGCUGGAAGAGCAGAAAACAACAAACUCAGCUCAGUUCUCCUGGAUGGAAUCCAGACUGACUGAUGAACUGAGCAGAACUGCAGAGUUUGAAACCAAGCUGUCAGCUGUGACUUUCAGACUGAAUGUAACUAAGGAGCAGCUGGAUGAUCUGAAGAAACAAAGCCUAGUUAGAGCAGCUGAACUGGCUACAUUUUCAGAGAGAUUGACUGCAGCUUUGGGAAACACAGCAGAUGAGCUGAAUGUGGCUUUUUCAGCCGGUUUGACUGAUUCAGGAAAAGUUGGUCCAUUUGAUGAAGAAACAACUCUGAUCUUCUCCAAAACCAUCACCAAUAUUGGCCAAGGCUACAACAGCUCUGCAGGGGUUUUCACAGCUCCUGUCAGAGGACUUUAUUUCUUCAGCUUCACGGCUGCAGAUUACUUGAAGGGUUACAUGGGUCUGUACCUAUACAGAAACGAGCAGCCAAUCAUUUUCAGCCUAGACCUAAAUGACCAUGGCGGAUACGCCUCCACUACCAGUGCAGUGGCUCUGCAGCUGGAUGAGGGUGAUCGAGUCCGCGUCGCUCUGCCAGCCAGCUAUCGGCUCUAUGAUGACUCCCGAAACUUCAGUGUGUUCUCUGGCUUUCUGCUGUUCCCAGUCUGACAGGGCUGUCCCAGGAUCAACGUGAGAGCGAGACUUUGUUUGAAGAAGACAUGACCUUCAUUCAGACUAAAAUAAAAAGUUAGGAAUUUGAUUUUUGGUCAGUGGAAAAGGUUUUAUGGUUGCAUGUUGAACAAACUAAACUCUUAAACACAAUGUUCUUUACAAUAACAAUUAAAUGUCUUGAUUACCAGAAUUGCAAAGCUCCCCAUUCAAGAUUUGCCCAUGUACCUUUUCUGUGGUCUACCCCUCGUCUAUAUGCUGGGUUGAAAUCAGUUUUUUUUUUUUCUACGUGUCCUGUCGCAGUGUUUCAGGCACACCAUAUGGAGCUGAUGGUUGCUGUGGAGAUAUAUUAUGUGUGUGCAUUAUUAUUAUUAUGUUCAUAACCAGUGUGGGAAAUAAAAUGUAUAACCUGUGUUAGUGGCCUGCAGAAUUGUUAUUGCACAAACUUGGCC